AUGCGGGCGGUAGCAGGGGUCCGGGCGGGUUGGACACAGGUUGGCAGCGUUGUGGGGGUCAGGUCGCUGCAUGUAGCGCUGGCAUGUCGACAGCAGCUGGUGUCGGGAGAGCCGAUUGAGGUGGCUGGGCGGAGCUUCGUGCCGGAUGAGUAUGGAAACGUGACACCCUCCAUCCUGACGGACCGCUUUCGCGUGCGUGGUCGGCCCUCCUUCGCCAUCUUCGACAGCCUGCAUCCCGUUGUUACCGUCCAGCAAAAUUUCGAUUCGCUGUUGGUCCCGGCCGACCACGUCAGCCGCAGCCGCAGCGACAACUACUAUAUUAACAAGGAACAACUCUUGCGAGCCCACACAAGUGCUCAUCAGGCAGAGCUGAUUCGUCAGGGCCUCGAUGCCUUUCUGGUCUUUGGUGAUGUCUAUCGGCGAGACGAGAUUGAUAGAAAUCACUAUCCCGUCUUCCAUCAAGUGGAAGGCGUCAAGCUGUUGCGAGAUGUCGUGAUACAUGAGGGCGCAACGCCGGACCGCAGCGAUCGUCGGCCCGAACAUCAAGAGGCCCACACCCUCGACGCUGCCACCUAUGCACUUAACGAUCUCAAGGCCACGCUUUCGGGUACGGCCAGCACCUCACAGGGCCAUCGAGCGAGGCUGCCCAUCUUGAUCAAAUUAGUGUGCCCCGACAGCCUGAUGCCCCCCGCGCGCUGCCUGUACAUGUUAGGCCUGAUUGAGCACCUUUUUGGGGAAGUGGAACAGCGAUGGGUCGAAGCCUACUUUCCCUUUACUCAUCCCAGCCUUGAGCUAGAGAUCUUUUACCAGGGCGAGUGGUUGGAAGUUCUGGGGUGUGGGGUUGUGGAGCAGGCAAUCCUUAAUGAGGCAGGGACCGAUCAUUGCCUCGGAUGGGCCUUUGGCAUUGGUCUCGAGCGCAUCGCCAUGAUCUUGUUUGAGAUUCCGGACAUUCGUUUGUUCUGGUCGACAGACGAGCGCUUUUUGCAGCAAUUUGCAGCUGAUCGACCUCUGCACAGCAUGAAGUUUCAGCCAUUUAGCAAGUACCCGCCCACGGACCGGGACGUGACAUUCUGGUUGCCUGAGGCGUAUUCGCCAAACCAUUUGGCGGAUUUAGUGCGCGAGAUUGCCGGUGAUCUGGUGGAGAGCAUUUUCCUGAUUGAUGAGUUUACGCACCCCAAGCAUGGUCGCACCAGCCACUGCUAUCGCAUCGUGUAUCGCUCAAUGGACAAGACAUUUACGACCGAGGAGGUCAAUGAGAUCCAGGAUCGGGUGCGACAGAGCAUUGCGCACGACCUCAAGGCCAGGCAUAUUCGAGGCGGCGGCAAUUCAAACCCCCUAGACAUGACGACCAGCCUGCACCAAACAUCAGCAAUAGCCACCGACAACCCUUAUGCAGGAAGGCGUCGUCAGACACCCGCGGCAACAAUGGGUGCAGGAAAAUAA